UCCGAUUUGAGUUUAGUUUUACGAGAUCUGCUGCCGUUAACGGACGUGUGCGUACAGACUAACGAAGAAUUACCAGAAAUCGUUGUUUUGUGGGCGUAGCGCCGAGAACGAAUUGCACUUGAGUGGCGUAUAUGUUGACCGUGUAUAUAGAUGUGUGUGCGCGCGGAUUAUUUCGUAUACGUUUGUUUUUUACUUUUCACUUCGUCGUCGUUUGAAGUGCAACUUUUCGCUGUAAAUAUUUAGAAUUUGCUUAAAGUAAUUAACAUUUGUUUAUUUGGGCAAGGCAACUUUUUGUUUUUGCCUGGAAAGUGUAAAAGCAAAACGAAAUACAAUAAGUCUCGAAAACUGAAAUACGUACGUAUAAAGUGUACACACUUAAAGUAUCAAUACUAAAGAAAUUGUUAAAUGUUGAAAAUGCCAAUAGGAAAAUAUUGUAUUACUUAGAAAAUCUAUGAAAAGUGAAGAAAUCAACGUGCAAAGUGUUAGUGUUGAAUUUCCUGUUUGAAAUUCUUUGCUUACCUUUUUCUCCCAACAACAACUCGUUAUACGGUAUUCUUAGUUUGCGUUGCCGCUUACAGUGUGUAACUCGCCUAGCCACCGAUUCCAGCGUUUUGAGUCAAAUGAGAAAGACGACGACGCACCGCACCAAAGUUACGGAAGCCCAUUUAACUUGAGCGCUGAAUAAAAGAAACGCAGAUAAACGCUGAAAGUCGAACUUGCAGCGUGCACAAGCAAUGCUGAGUUAAUAAAACCACAACAACAAGACAAUAACUCCAACUGCAGCUGAGCAAAUAACGAAACGUGCAUAACUCAAAGCGACAACAACAAAAACACCACAAGCGUGGGCAAAUCAGUGGAAAUAAUCGAAAAUCUGACACCUCCGGAACUGCGGAGAAAAAUAAGCAGAAAUAAAUUAAAAUCAAAACAAAAUUAUUCAUAAGAAACCACGCGCCAAAGAGGAAGGGGAAAUUAUAACCAAAACAAGACACCCAACAACAACAAACAAGUGAGUCUUUUAUCAACUUUGCAUGAAUGCGAAGAAACGAUAAAAAUACAGUUGAUUGAUUCUGAACGAAAAAUAUCCAUAUCAAUUUGUGGAAUUCAUGUGAGCUUUGCACGCGCGUGAUUUUUACGAUGUUGCACAUACUUGCGCUGGAAAACAAACAACGCAUUUGAAGCCAAAAAUAUAAAAUCAGAAAAGGCGGAAAUCUAAAAAGAAUUUAUUAAGAAAAUCUAUUAUCGCCACAUACACACACACACACACACACUCGCACAGUGCUGAAAACUAUUUUCAGCUGAACUUGAAAUGCCUACAGAAUGUGAGCGCACGAUCGCCAACACGAGCCAGAACGUGCAACAGACGCAGCCACAGCCACAGAGAGAAGAGCAGCAGCAACAACAAGAGUACGCACAAUUGCAAGGAGAUCAUUUGCAAGCAGAAGCAGAGGAAGAAGAAGCGGCAGCACAGCUUGAGUUUUAUGACGACAUGGAGGGCAAAGAGCUAAAUGGCGGCAAGAUGUCCAUCUCCCAGACAUCAACGACGUCCGCAGCGAACGGCCACAGCGGCAGCAAUCAGGCGAAUGGUGUUGGCAAGAAAACGGUAAAUUGCAUAUAUUCCAUAAUAUCGCCGGAUCCCACUUCAUAUGUGACCAAGGCGCGCGUCACACGUCCCACACCGCCGCCACCGUCCUACAACCCGAUGCAAUUUGUACAGAUCAAACCAUGCAAUCUCUACCAAACCGCACAGGAGCAGCUCAAGAAGGCUGAAGAAGUGAAAAAGAUCAAGGAGAUUAAAAAAGAAGAACCCGAGGAUUGGCAAAACAAUUUGGACAAUUGGAAAUCGUCGCGUAGAAAACGUGUCGAACACAUCAUCGAUCGAGUUGUGGAAGUGAAAAAACUCGAAUUGGAAGAACACGACCGGACGCGAAGAAAAUCGAAGACAUUCUCCGAAAUGAUCGAAGAAAGAGGUGAACGUGGUGGACGCGGUCGCGCAAAAUUGGCCUCGUUAGCCGUUUACAAUGAAGACGAAUCGAACGACCUGAGCGACCUUGGCAUUGGCACCAGCAGUGCCAGCGGCAAGAGCAGCCAAUCGGAGGAUUACGACAACAACAGUGUACUGAGUGACAACGCCGAACUCGACAAAGCCAUAUUUGAGAACAACCAAAAACCUAGUGGCAUCCCCGCGCGUGAAUACAUCUCCUCCCCAGGCUACGAUACCUCCUCCAGCACUGCGCCCGGCAGCUCUCCCGAUCCAUGCGAAUACACUUAUGAGGGCGCCAUUCAAGACUAUAAGCAACGCGUCUCGCGCGCCAGCGGCGGCAGUGCUUUAGCCAAUUUUAAGCUCAAUAAUGCCAACACAAAUCCGGCGUUAAUUUCCAAAAACAACUCCUCGAAAGAAAAUACCCCAGACUGCAGCAAUACAGUACCGAGCGAUACUUAUCCCACACGACGCGGCAGUAAAAUUGAGGAUCGCCUAAUCGGCUUCGAAGUUACUUCGCCCAGUGAUAGUCAAGAGGGUUUGGAGAAGAAAGUGGAUGUACCAAAAAUCGAUAUUUCGAAGCGUAAAGAGAUUUUCGAGAAUCAAAAUGCCAAUUCAGAACCAAAGUCGCUGGUGGGUAAUGGUGGCGCUGGCAGCGUAGCUGUGCCACGCGUUACACUGCGCGAUCGCUUCAAGUUGGACGAAAGUGUGUCUAAUAAUAAUGGCGAAGUACACGACUCCACAUUGAAGCGUGAAGUUAAACGCCUAUCAGGCGACAUCACGAGCAUACGAUCGCGUAUGCAAAGCUUAGAGCAACAACAAAAUUUAGUCAAUUCAACGAAUGGCGGCAGCGCCGGUAAGGUACCCAGCGCAAAGUUAGUCGAUAUACCAGUGCCACCAUUGAAGGAUCGUCUGUCUAGUUUACAGAAUGCCGUAACCAAAGAAGAAGUGAAAAAGGCGCCGGUAGCACUUGUCGACGCCCGCCAACUGGAGAUAAUGAAGAACGAGGAGGAAGAGCGUCGCAUGAAACUUAUUGAGAAUGAGAAGAAAGCCGUGCUGGAGGUAAGCAUUAAGGAGGAGGAAGAAGUAGGUGCGCCCGUAUCCCAACCUACGAUGCCACAACAAGUUGUGGUUAAAGUCGAUGCGCCCGAGGAGGAUGUCGAUCGUGACGACAGCGGUAUUCACACCGCCGAUGGCGAAAUCGAAGCCACGGAAAUCUCCGAGCAGGAAGAACAACUAAAUGCGGCUAUUGCAGCGCUGGCACUGGAAGAACAGCAACUAACCGAAGCAGCUAAUGCAGUGAACCAAAUAGAAGCGGAGUUUGCCGAACUGUCCACCAGCGCAGUGAACGCCAUCGCCAGCAGCCUGAACACAGUGUCCACCAAAAAAACAACUAACGAACAGCCAUGCGAAAUGGAAUUUAGUUUAAAUUUGCAUAAUUUAUGCCAGCAAAAGCUUCUGUGCAAUGCCAAAGGUUUAUGUGCAGUAAAGCAAUCUCAAGAAACCGUUAUAUGCCAAAGUUUACAGCGCCUUUCUUCUUUACAUGGGAUGGAUCGCAAACCAAUGAUCAACGAAGCUCUUGAAUUGGCGCUGGAAGCAAUUGACAAAGAGACCACAUUCACCUUAAAUGAUACAGCAACAAUAAAAACGACAACCAAAUCAUCCAACACCAAUGCAAGUAACCGUACAAUAACAACAACAAAACAAGCAACAACAAUAGCGACGGCCACAAUGUCCACAAUGAAUGUAGAAACAACAAUAACAAACAACAACAGCAACAACAAUAAUAAUGAGGGAUUACUAUGUGCAAAGGAUACUUCGAACAAAACCGACGAAGAGAAGGAACGCAAAAGUAAGCAGCAGCAACAACAACAACGUUUUGAUGCAAAUACAAAUGCUAUGAACACUGACAAUGACGAUGAUAAUAACGAUAAUGACGUAAGUGAUGAUGUUGACGGCAGAACGGAGGAGUUGCGCGAGGCGCUCAUCUCGCAAGAACCCAUUUACGAGAAUAUCUCGGCAGCAUCUACGCGACAAGUAGAUGUUGAAGCGAAGCGAAACAUUGCAGCGAGCAUGUUGAAUGACAACAACAACAUAAGCAAUAAUAAUAUUCACAAGCAAAUGAAUCAAAUAAAUAACAACAAUAGUAGUAAUAACGAAUUUCAGAAUUCGUUUGCCAAUAAUUCGCUAAGUAAUGUAUUGACUAACAACAGCAAUAACAAUAGCAGCGGUAGCUUUAGCUCUAGCGAUAACAACAACAAAAGAAAUCUUGACAAUACUUUUAUUGAAAUAACCAACGCUUACGCUAAUGCUACACCUAUCACAGCAGCCGCCGGCAUAAAAGCAACAACAACAACAGCAAGUUUAAUAGAGGCAGCACCAGGCGAUUCACUCAGAGCCAGUGAAAACGCCAGUGCUGCCGCAACAUCAACACAAAUUGCACCAGCAGACGAUUUUCAAAAUAUCACAACAACAACAGCAGCAACAACACAAGAAACUGAAAUAAACUCACCAACAUCAAACUCUGAAAAUUUUUCCACAAUCAGCAAACCCGCAGCAGUUGAUGCGCAAACCUUGACCAACAACGCAACGACGCUGGUAGAACAUGAACCCUACUAUCAGGUGCCCAAAUCAAGCGAGCCGUACUACGAUGCCCCUAAACAUUUACGCCCUGUGCCGCUUUACGAGAAUAUCGAGGUGUUCUACACUGGCUUGGAGAACUCCACAUUAGCUAGUGGUACUGGAGCCGCACUUACUGGCGGCUUCAAGCUGGAACCGCCGAAAGAGAAGCCACCGCCGCCGCCAGUCGAGAGUCCGCCACCUUUUGACGAUGUGGACAGCAUCGAUAACACAGACACGUGGUCAUCGGACAACACCUACGAAACAAUUUCAUCGCGUUUGCCUCAUGUCAGCGGUUUGGCUACCGACCAUCCUUCGCCGCCCAUCAAACGCAUGAACUCGACGAAACGCAUCAAAAAAGAGUUGCGCAAUAAACGUUCGAGUUUCUUGGGCAUUGACACCACAAACUUGGAUGAUGAGGAAACUUAUUUGGAACUGACAGUGGCACCGCCACCAGAUAUGGCGCAGCUGUUGCAGGAAGAACGACGUUUGGAAAAACAAUUGUACCUGAAGGCAGGUUUGUGCGAUAGUUCAGACACAGGUGAGAGUCGCGAUUCGGGCGUUUCUGAGAAUCAUUCACGUCAGAGCAGUGAACAUUACACGAACUCAUCGGAGGAGAACGAUCGACAAAUUGAUACACCACCACAUAGCCUCAAAACCAACGAGCUAAUCUACCAGAAUGAGUCGCUUCUGACGGCCGCACAGACACCACUGUUACAAACAGUAAAGGGCAACUCAGCCGAAUCAUGGACUGAGUCCGCCACUGUUGCUGCUGCCGCCACAAAGUCACUGACAGAGGCCACCGCCACCGCCAAUGCCAAAAUGCUCUCCAUCGAGGAGAAAAUACGGGAACAAGAAGAAGUUCUGCGUGUAGAACGCGAGCUGCUGCAGCUGGAACAGGAAGAGUUGAAGCGCCAGCGCGAGAACUUGAUGCUGCGUGAAAAUAUGGCACGUCGUGAGCUGCAACAUGGCGCCAAAAUGCUAAUGUCCGCCAAUCGGCGUUCACUACAAGACCUAAAUGGCGUGAGUAUGUCGCUCGCCGGUGGUCUGCCAAUUCCGAAUGGCGGCCCGACUGUAGCCUACCAAACGGCAGUGCCUCAAUAUGCCAUUGCCGCGCAUAAUAUGCAACAAACGACACAGCAACAAUUUGGCACACCACUAUUGGCUGCGCAACCAACACAGCAGAUCUAUGCAAAUGUACCAAAUCUAGAACAGCAGUACUAUCAGGUGGACAUUGACUACCGCAAGUCCAUGUCCGACCUGCAAGAGUUCUCCAAACGGCAUACGCUGCCUCCCAUGCCACCAACAAAACCGAUGCGUGCCAUGCAAGUGGCCACUUCAGCCAAUGCGCUGACCGUCAACGGCACCGAGGACUUUAUGGCAUCGCGGCAUGCCUUGAAUGCUCAGGCUUUCGGUGGCUCGCUGGUGAAAAUAGCCACACCAACAGCGGCACCACGUGGUCACUCGGCCUACCCCAACAAUCAUCAAUACCAACACCAAUCAACACAAAAUCUGAGCAACAGCAGCGGCAGCAACAACAGCAUUAGCGGAGUUCAUACCACAAUGCCAGCCAUACCAAAUGGACACGCCGCAUUACCGGGCAACAUGUCGCGAAACACGCUGCAUGCGCUCAGCGCCACACCUAAACCCAAGUACACGGACGGCUGGGUGCAAGUGCAACAACGCAAAUCAUAUGACACGAAUCUAGCCAAUGAUCCAGCUUGGCUUUCGGCGUACCAGCAAAAACGCAAAUCCAUGCCGGAACCUUAUCACGCCUACAAUAACCACUGGCUCGUGCAAGAAGCCGAACAAAGACGCAUCGCAGAGCAGCACCGACGCGGUGGUUCGACGGCCACAACACCGGUACAUCAACAAAAUGGCAGCGCUGUCUGUGGCAUGAAGUCUUCAACGAGCUCCAACAGCAAUGGCAAACCGCUGCCAGAUUCCAUUAUACAAACGCUAACGGAGCGUGUGCAGAGCAAGGGUAUCGGUGAACGGAAGAGAUUUGACAACUACAACAACCAAAGUGCUGCUUUGGAGAAGAGUCCGCUUCAUGCGGCCUCCACAUACUUCCAGCACCAGCACCAGCACCAACAGCAGCAGCAGCAGAUGUCCCAAUCUGCAACGCCUACACAUCAACGACUUCUCAGCGGCUCGACGCUGACCGCAAUGCCACCACAAGUCAAUGUGAACGCUUCGCCGGCUCAUCAGCACCCACAGCCGCAGCAGCAGCAACAGGACAAAGUGUUGAGUGUCAGUGGCAAGAAGAAGUGUUCACAUUGUGGUGAUGAAUUAGGACGCGGCGCCGCCAUGAUCAUCGAAUCGCUGCUGCUCUUCUACCACAUCAAUUGCUUCAAGUGUUGCGUGUGUCACGUGCAGCUCGGCGACGGCCUGAACGGAACGGAUGUGCGCGUGCGCAACCACAAAUUACACUGCCAAAAUUGUUACUCCAGCGAUGAUGGCAUCAAAUUCAGCUGCGUCUGAGGGCGUCCAGAGGGACUUAGAGGAGAAUGUGAAAGCUGCUUAGCCGAGUAGUGGAAAUCGUGAAUCGUGAGGUUGGUUCAUGCUUGUAGUGAUCAGCUGCCAUCUUUGUGCGGAGUUGUAGAGAAACACAUACAUACA